GACUCAUUCACCACAUUCAUACAUAAGUUCGGUCUCGGUCGCCUCAAGCAACUGCUGGACGGUUAAUUGGUGGCAGAGAUCCCCCAAAGCCAUACAGGUACCCAACGUGGUUACUUCGUCUAUUAGGCUUCAGGCACAUGCCAGGCAGACAUCGAGGUAUUGAUCAAGUACUCCGUAUCCGUAUUCAUGGACUCCCUCUUCGCCGCUCGGCCCUUUGAAACAGCCAUUUCACUCAAAGAUACCCUGGAGUUGAGGAUUCCGUCACAAUGUCCCUCUCCCACGCAGUAAAGAUCAUCCCCUUCUUCACAUCGCCACACCUGACCUCGCUUCUCGACUUCUAUAGAAGCUACUUCCCAGACUUUCAGAUUUCCACGCACCCUGCCGAUACCGCGGAGCCGACAUUCGCGUCCAUCGCUGCGGGGCCCGGCGCUGCAGCCAACAUCUACAUCCUCCAGGACGAGAAACGCGCCCGCGGGAGCUGCAUGAUCAUGAUGAGCACUGUGUCUGCUCUAGAUGAUCUGUACGGGCGACUCGUUGGCCAGGGUUUGCGGCCUUCAGGCGCGGUCGACUGGACCGGGACGCCUCAGUCCGCCGACGAAAGUCGACCACAGACGGCUAUGGGACCGGCCGAAGACAAGACAUGGGGUUAUCGCCAGUUCGAUCUCAUUGAUCCGCACGGCAACAUGAUCGUCUUCUUCGCGUUCUUGGAGGAGUAGGAGCGGGUUGGAGGGAAGGAUGGUGGUUGGACUAGUAGGAGGGUGGUGUUGGCAGUUCGAAGGCAAAAGUUGGGAAUGUUGAGGGCCAGAAAGUAGAUGAUCAUAGGUCCAGGAGAGUUGCAGAGCUGAUCAGGUUUAAAAUGCAGAGAAUAGUGCAUCGGGAGUCACGUCCACCGACCAGUGUGAUAAUGUGAUAAUAUGAUAGUAAAAAGGGGCAGGGGGACUCGAUAGGCCAGUGUGGUGGAAAGGAGUACGGCAUUCCGAG